CCCUUUUACACGUCCUUUCUAGGCUGUCUUGGAUUCUCACCCCCCUCGUCCUGGGACAUUGCACUACAGCGUGUGGAGUCCCAUAACCUGUUCUUGGAUUGGAUUAUUACCUGACGGAUCUUCAACAGACCGGGUCUGUUUCAAGCAGCCAGCAGUUUUGCUUUUGAGAGGAGGACCAUGGUGCAGAGUACAGUGGGAAAGAUAAAGAGAGAGUGCGUAGCAGCUAAAUAAAGCAGAGAACAAGCCCGUCUCAGGACAUCAGUCCAAAGAAGAGGAUCUGCCGGCAAAGAGAUAAGAGGGGGAGGACAGGGAACGAAAGAGAGAGUUGGAGGACGAGAGAGAGAGAGAGAGAGAGAAAAUGGGAUAUUGCGGCAUGUGGAUCUUCCUCUUGUCCCUGUCUCUCUUCUUUCAAAGCGUCACUGCAGAGGCUGAAGUAUGUCGUACAGCCAUGCCUGCUGAUAUUGUGUUCCUGGUGGAUGAUUCCUGGUCAGUGGGUCCGACCAGCUUCCAGCAGAUCAAAGAGUUCAUAGCGGACAUCAUCCGAGCCUUCCAGGGAAGUGUGAUUGGACAGGAAGGUGUUCGCUUUGGAGUUACUGUCUAUUCUGACUUGCCCAGGAUGCGUAUAGCUCUGACAGAUUAUUCGACUCUGGAGGAAGUGCUCCGAGCUGUGGAGGAGGUGCCAUAUGAGGGAGGCAACAGCCGCACCGGCUUGGCAUUGGAAUUCCUUGUCGAGUCUGUGUUCAGUCCUUCUAUCAUCAGAGACAACGCCCCAAAGAUUGCUGUUCUGAUCACUAAUGGCCAAUCGGAUGAUCCAGUGGACGGUCCAGCUAAAGCUGUAGCAGACAGUGGGAUUUCCCUGUUUGCUGUGGGGGUAAGGAAUGCUGAUCAGUCCGAGAUGAAGAAAAUCGUCACGGAACCCCAUGAGGAACAUCUACUGCUCAGCCCAGAUUUCUUCUUGCUGGAGAACCUUCUGCCCAAACUCUCUCGUCGCAUCUGCUUCACUGCUUCAGAACCUCCCCGACCUGUUAAACAAAAGCCACCUGUGCUGGAGAGGAUAGUAGGACCUAAAGAUCUACAAGUGAGCGAGCUGAGUUACAGCUCUCUGCAGCUGAUCUGGAGUCAGGCCACAGGAGACGUUACCGGCUACAGGCUGCUCAUCACCCCUGUGUCUCCAAAGGGCCAUCUGCUCCCAGCACAGCAGAGACAGAUUGAUCUGAAGGGAGAUAUUAGUAGUACUCCAGUAACCGGGUUAAGUCCUAAGACCGAGUACUCUCUCAGUUUAUAUGCCAUCUACCCCGGACGCAUUGGAGAAUCUGCCACUAUUAUCACAGAAACCACUGUUUUGCCACCGGUUUCGAACUUCCGUGUGAUUGAAGAAGGACUGUUCUCUUUACGUCUGGGAUGGAUGUCUCCGCUUGGAAAAGUGGAUAAACAUAAAAUUUUUGUUCCAAGAACGGACAGACCCGGCCUCAUUUACGAUCAAAUUCUGUCGGGUGACGCCUCCUUUCACGUGAUUGACACUUUAGAAGAGGACAAAGAGUACACGGUCGACAUCUACGCCAUCUACCCAGAGGGCCCCAGUGAGACUGUAUCUGUCACCGGGAAAACUUUGAAACUGGUUCCAGUUGAUCAACUGCUGGUGCAGAACGCUACUACAGACACAGUUCAGGCCCGCUGGUCAUCUGUCAGAGGCGCCACAGGGUACAGACUCACCUGGUCAUCAUCAGAGGGACACAGAGAAAAUGUGAACCUGGGAGACAACUUUAAUUUCUACAUGGUGCAGGGCCUGCAUGCUGGUACAGAGUACACCAUCACUAUCAACCCCAUCUUUGUGGACAUUGAAGGGCCUGUUACCUCUGCCAAAGCCAAGACAUUGGAAAGCAGUGCAGUACAGACCCUGAGAGCGUAUGCGGUGAGCACUAGCAGCGCUGUUACCUUGUGGAACGCUGUACCUGGAGCCACAGGCUAUAGAUUGGCCUGGGGUCCUACUGCAGAGUUCAUAGGGAGAGAUCGGCCCAGGCAGUUGGCUCUGAAUGGCAGCACUACGGAGUAUGUUUUGAAGAAUCUGGUCCAUGACACAGAGUAUGUGCUUUCGCUUUAUGUUCUCUUUGGUUCUGCGGUUGGUCCGGGCAUCACCGCUACAUUCAGGACCUCGCCUCUCGGAUACGUCUCAAAUUUUAAAGUGACGUCAUACACCAGCUCCUCCAUCGAUGUGGAAUGGAGUCCUAUUGUAGGGGCCACAGAGUACAAACUCACCUGGAGUUCAGAAUUUGUGAGUCCUCAGAGUCGGUAUCUUGACCGCAGCAUUUUACAGCACAGCAUCACUGGUCUUCAGCCACAAACCCUUUAUUCUGUCAGCAUUCACGCUCUCUACAGCAACACAGAAGGACCAGAAAUCACUCUCUCACAGCAAACAGCCUCUUUGACAGACUCUGAGCUGAUUGAGACUGUUCGGGAGGUAAAAGUUGUGGACAUUGGUGCCAACUCUUUCAAACUGGCCUGGAAGAAAACACCAGGGGUCACUGGGUACAAGAUCGCUUGGAACCCUUUCCAUGGUGGAGAAAAGAAAAGCGAGGUUGUAUCUUCUUCUGCCACGUCCUUCACCAUCACUGAUCUGCCUGCCAGUACUGCAUACAAGAUCCAGGUGUCUGCAGUGGUCAGAAGCAAAGAGGGAAGUCCAGUAAUGGUGACCGCUCGCACAUUGGAUCUGCCCAAGGUGACUGGAUUCAGUGCUCUGAACACCACUGGCAACAGCACUGUACUGAACUGGACCAGUGUAACUGGAGCAUCUGGAUACCUGCUGUCCUGGAGACAUAUAUCAGAGGUGGACAUCUCCUCUGAUCUGCUGAGCUCUGGCUUCACCUCCUAUAAGAUCAGAGAUCUCCUGUAUGGCAGAACCUAUUUAUUUUCCAUCAGACCACUUUAUGGGGAAGUGGAGGGUCCGGUCACAACUAUCACUAAAAGGAUCUUGGGAACUCCUCAUCUCAUUCCUGUUCAGAGCCCCACGCCGGCCCCUGUCUCUGCUAAUACCAAAAUCAAUUACCCUUCCCUCCACACCACAACCAGAAACGCUCGCACCCCGGUGGUCAAAGCCCCCAGCACACCCACCACCACUCAGAGACUCGCUGUGAGGCCUCAGAUCACCAUUGGCCAAACGGCUUCAGCACUGACCAGAGUCACCACAGUUAAUGACCAAACCACCCUGUCCGUCGAGACACCUCCACCUGGACCAGUUUGUGGCAGGGUGAAGGCAGAUAUUGUGUUUCUGGUUGAUGAAUCCUGGAGCAUUGGUACUAGUAACUUUGGGAAGCUGAAGGAUUUCCUGUUUAGAAUUGUCACGUACUUCCCCUUUAUAGGACCUAAAGGAACACAGAUAGCAGUAGUUCACUACAGUGAUCAGCCCAGGAUCGAGUUCAACUUUAACACUCACAAAGACCGUAACUCUGUUUUGAGAGCACUCCGCAAAGUCCACUAUGGAGGGGGGAACACAAAAACAGGUCGUGGGAUCAGCUAUGUCCUUAGGGAGAUGUUUCAGGAGUCUUUGGGUAUGAGACAGGAAGUCCCUCAUGUGUUAGUGUUACUGACAGACGGGACAGCACAGGAUGACGUAGAGCCGCCGUCCAGGAUAGCACAUGCUCUGGGUGUCAGUGUGUUGGCCAUCGGCAUUGCUCAUGCAGAUAUUGAGGAGCUGAGGACCAUCGCCUCUCCCACCACUUACAAGAACAUCUUCUUCGCCAGUUAUUUCGACGAUCUUCCGACCAUCGAGAGAGAGUUUAUCAGCAGCAUCUGUAGCGAGGCCUUACAAUCAGAGUUCAAACAACACGAUGAGUCUGCUCAACUGGAUACACCUACAGAUGACCCGGAAGCUCUCAGUAAACCAGAAGGGCCCUGUCCUCUUAGCUGCAAGGGUCAGAAAGGAGAGAAGGGCGAUGGAUUUGGUCAUGGAGGCCUGCGACUCAAGCAAGGCCAGGGGCAUUAUGACUCAUUCUCUCUAAAGGUCAAAGGGGAGAAGGGUGAACGGGGUCUUCCCGGAACGGAUGGCAUCCCAGGGUUACCAGGGCGACCAGGUAGAACUGGACCCCCUGGUUCUCCUGGACAAAGGGGGGCACCUGGAAUUCCUGGUGACAUGGGGCCACCUGGUAAUACUGGACUGAAAGGACAGAGAGGAGAGAGAGGCGAGCCAGGCUAUGUUAUGGGUGGUAUGGAGGUUCUUCCAGGACGUAAAGGAGAACCUGGAUCCUCUGGUCCCCCAGGUGCUUCAGGGGUCCCUGGGGUAUCAGGUCCUCCAGGACUCUCUGGUUUGCCUGGGCCUCCGGGCUCUCCUGGACUCUCUGUUAAGGGCGAGACUGGGGAAUCUGGUUCGAAAGGGCCACGUGGAAAACCAGGACCCAACGGAGAAAAGGGGGAGCAUGGAAGUAAUGGUCUACCAGGUGUACCAGGACCAGUGGGAGUGGAUGGACUUCCAGGACUUCCUGGUCAGAAGGGGGAGAAGGGAGAGGAAGGUAUCGGAAUUCAGGGUGUUCAAGGUCCACCUGGGCCAAAAGGAGAAAAGGGUAAUACAGGACUACAAGGCCCAAAUGGCCAAGCAGGAAACCAAGGAGUCCAAGGGAUCACAGGGCUUCGGGGGAAAAAGGGUCUUAAAGGAGAUCAAGGAGACAAGGGUGAACGUGGGGAAAUUGGUCCUAUCGGGCCUCCAGGAGUUGCAGGCUUCCCUGGAGCUGCUGGACGAAAGGGUGAUGAGGGGCAGCGUGGUCCUCCCGGUGACCCAGCUAAAGGGAUACUCGGUCCUCCUGGGAAAAAGGGUGCCAGGGGGGAUGUUGGACAAGUUGGGCCACCAGGACCACAAGGAAUCAAAGGAGAUCAAGGUGAUAAAGGUGAAAAGGGCAGUCCUGGAUUCGGAAUCCCCGGUCAGCCUGGUCCCAAAGGAGAGAGCGGAGAAAGAGGUAAUGUUGGAUUAUCAGGGAAACCUGGGCCUAAAGGUGGCGAUGGGUCCAAAGGAGAGAAAGGGGAGAUGGGUUUCUCAGGCAACCCUGGUUCUCCAGGACUAAGAGGUAAAGAUGGUCUGCCAGGACUAAAAGGAGAGAUGGGAUUGAGGGGACAGUCUGGUUCACCAGGAGAACCUGGAGAGAGAGGUGUCAAGGGCCCUCUCGGUCUUCCAGGACGACCCGGUGACCCUGGGGGAAAAGGCGAGCCUGGGAAAUUAGGGUUUCCAGGUCCAGAGGGAAACAAAGGAGAGAAAGGCGAGCUGGGAAGGCCGGGACCACCGGGAGACACUCGAUUCACCAUGUCAGAUAACACCAUUCUCACCAGGGCCAUUAAGGGUGAACCUGGUGAGCCGGGGCUCCCAGGACUCCGAGGGGAGACAGGACGUCCUGGACCACCUGGUCUUGAAGGUAAACCAGGACCUCCAGGGGAUUCACUGCUUGGAUCUAGUAAUGGAAGAGAUGGUGUGGAUGGUUUACCAGGAAGGCCUGGAUCUAAGGGUGAACCAGGACAGAAAGGGGACCCAGGACCAAAAGGAGAGAAAGGAGAUCCUGGACGUGCUGGGAUAACUGGUAUGCCUGGUUUACCUGGGACACCUGGCAAACCUGGUGUUGAUGGGAAACGUGGAGUAGCUGGAAAAGAUGGAGAACAAGGACAAAAGGGUGAUGAAGGGACAAAGGGUGAAAAAGGUGAACCUGGUGCAAAUGGAAAUGAAGGUAAAAAAGGAGAGCCAGGAUCUCCAGGCUUGCCAGGUCCUCCUAUUGUUCUCCAAGAGGGUAUGUCAAUUGAGGACAUUAAAAAGGCAUUUCCCAUACCAAUGGGACCCCCUGGUGUGGUGGGUCCUCCUGGGAUGAAGGGAGAGAAAGGAGACAUGGGUUUGAAAGGAGAGAAGGGUGAUGCUGGCCCACUGGGGAGAACUGUUGAAAUGAAGGACAUUGAAGGCUUGUUUGAUUCAUAUGGUAUUAAACUCUCGCUGCUGAAGGCCUUGAUUGACAGGCUGCUUCAGGAUGGAAUAGAGGAGCUUCUUCAUGAGAUCAGCUCCAUCAGAGACGUGAAAGGAGACAGACGGGAGCCAGACUCAAACAUCAUCACUGAAUACACCAGCUCAGUAAAGUACAGUCACGCACAAGAGUCAUUACCUGAUAUGGAUUUGACUGAGGAAGAGUCUGAUCUUGAAGAGGGGCAGAUGCCUGAAUCAAGUCCUAAGCCUGUAGUAGAAAAAGAAGUGGGUCGUACCCUUUCGAACAUCUCUAUUCACAAAAAGGCUGACCUGAGUAAAACCAAAGACAAGCUGGUAGAUGUCGAAGAAAAACUUGUGGAGACCAACUUCGGUGACGUAACACCUUUGAAAUUUCUCCAAACCAACACUUCCUCUGAGAGGUUGGGUUCUGGGAAGGUAGAGGUAAGUAUGGAGACAGUUUUCCACAGCCAUGAGGACACGGGGAAGAAAACAUCUGGAGAGAAGAAGAAAGGCAGAGAGAGGGGAAAGGGCAAAGGAAAUAAAGGACGUCAAAAACGACAAAGGAAACGUUUGGAAGAUCAAGACAACAUGGAAGACGAGGUUGAGGAAGCAUCAUCUGACGACGAGGAAUAUGAAUAUGAGGACGAGGUGCCCACGGAAGAGCCUUUUCCCUCUCGAGAGGAGAAGGGCGAAGGGGAGGAGCUAAAAUACUCCGCAACAACUGCUAUAUACACACAAGAAAAUGAGGGUGAAACAACUUCUCCGAUUACACAGUCUUUAGAGGAGAUUACACUGAUGGUUUACACAACAACAGCGAGUCCCCUGCUUUCAUCAAAAUUCACAGAGCAGAAGCUGCCUGAAACCACAUUAUUAUCAGUGCUAAAUACAACACAAACUGGAGAAGAGGAGCUCCCCUAAACUCUGUAAGAGAGACAUUCAGGUGUGUAGAAACUGUGAAGGGUAAAAGAGGGGGAGGAUCUGACUGGCCGGCAUUACUUUGGGAGAGCCUCUUUUCCCGUCCAUGCUGCCUCCACCACGACUAGCGUUCAGUAUGCUGCAGUGCCUUUGAUAGAUUGAGAAGAACCACCGGCACUCUCUGAGGAGAGACCAGCCCAGUAAAAACAUAAAGAACAGAUCUUGUAAUGUGCUGUCUUUACACUUACUGAACAAAUGCAAGCUAAAUCAUCUAUAAUCCAUGUAAAAGUGACAACACAAAACACUAAUGAAUGAAGUUGUUUUAAUAGAAAAUCAAAUCAUUUGCCCUGACAGCUCAUUCAACAUCGAUUUGUUCAUCAGUUCCUUAUUUAUUGAUAAGACUGAAAAAAGAUUGUAUUUUGGUUGUCUGCAUAUUUAGUUUUUCAUUUGCGGUAACAUAUUGUGCUACCUGUUUUCACUGGUGAAAUUCAAUGGCAUAUUGCUUUUCUUUCAUAUUUAAUCUGUUUGUGCAUGUCUGUCAGUAAAUGUGUUCUUCCUA